ACUCCGUUAUUCCUACAUCAAAGUCUUGUUCUCCUCCUCCUCCUCCCCCUCCCCCAAAACCAGAGCGAAACUCUAUUCAGUUUCAUUUAGAGCCGGCCCUUAACAGAAUAUGUAAACUCCCUUAGCCAGCUAUGUCUUCUCGUUACAGCCCUCCUCCUUUUCUCUUCAUAUUUAAGAUCCCCAACUCUCUCCUCUCCGCCCAAGCCCUCGUCGGCGCCAACCACACCUCCGCUCGCUUCUGCUCCCGCUAAACCCUAAACUCCCCCCCUCCCCUCUCUCAAACACAUUCUAAUUUUCCCUCACAAAUUUUUUGUACUCUGUUGAAUUUACUUUUUUACAUAGAAAGCUGUGAAUUUUUAGAGAGAUCGAUGGAGCCUGGUUCACCCAAGCCCGGGUUCCUGAAGAACGUUCUGGUGCGUUGUUUCCUGUUCGGCCUUGUGAUCGUGCUCUUCCGGUUCGCUUACGUCAUCACCGUGACGGGCGAGUCGUGCGAGGUCGGCAAUUUCUGUUUUCUCAAGGAGAAUGUCAACCUCGUCAUCACCAGCACCGGUGUUGGCGCCUCCGCCACCGCCAGCGGCGCGGUUUCGACCAGGGCGAAGAGGCUGAGCGACUUCUACACCAGCAAGGAGUGGAUCAAGGCCGUUCAUUUUUACUCGGGCGUAUUCCAAGAUCUGAUCUCGCAGGGCUUCCUCUCGCGCAAGUCGAGGGCGCUCUGCGUCGAGACGCCGACGGGGCAGGAGGUCCACGCCUUGAAGGAGACCGGCGUGAAGAACGCCGUCGGGAUUUUCAAGAAGGCCUCGAGGCCUCUGGUGGUUCCCGGCGAGGCGCACCGGAUGCCGUUCGCCGAUGAGUCUUUCGACUUCGUCUUCUCCGGCUACGGCCGCCUCGAGAAGUCGCCGAAGGCGGCGCAGUUCGCGGCGGAGAUCGUGAGGACGCUCAAGCCCGAAGGGUUUGCGGUGGUCCAUAUUGGAGCCAAAGAUACGUAUAGCUUCCAUUCUUUCAUUGAUUUAUUCAAUUGCUGUAAGUUAGUUACUUCACGCGAUAUCGACGGCUUUAAUUCGUCGAUGCCGCAUAUACGUGAGAUGGUGUUGAAAAAGGAGUGCGAUGCUUCCACUCCGGUGUCAAAUGCCGGUAACAAGUGCUCGGUGCCGGAGCAUAAGCUCGAGCUGGUGAGGAAGGCUGAGCCGAUCAUCCAAAUCGAGCCGUUGAAGCCGUGGAUUACUCUGAAGAAGAACAUACAGAAUGUGAAGUACUUGCCGUCGAUUGUGGAUAUUAGCUUUAAGAGGAGGUAUGCUUAUGUUGAUGUGGGAGCUAGGAGCUACGGUUCGAGUAUAGGGAGCUGGUUCAAGAAGCAGUAUCCUAAGCAGAACAAGACCUUCGAGGUUUUCGCGAUCGAGGCGGAUAAGACAUUUCAUGAGCAGUAUAAGGUGAAGAAGGGGGUGACUUUGCUGCCGUAUGCGGCGUGGGUGAGGAAUGAGACAUUGUCGUUUGAGAUUAAUGGAGACCCUGGGGAGGAGGUGAAGGAGAAGGGUAGGGGAAUGGGGAGGAUUCAGCCGGUGCAGUCGGAGAAGGAGGCCGGGUUUGAUGGGCAGGAGGUGGAUAGGAUUCAGGGGUUUGAUUUUGCGGAUUGGGUGAAGAAUACUUUUACAGAGAAGGAUUUUGUGGUGAUGAAGAUGGAUGUGGAAGGGACAGAGUUUGAUUUGAUUCCGAGGCUGUUUGAGACCGGGGCGAUUUGUUUGAUUGAUGAGCUCUUCCUUGAAUGCCAUUACAAUCGGUGGCAGAGGACACGGCCUGGUGAGAGAAGUGCAAAGUAUGAAAAAACUUAUGGCCAGUGCUUGGACUUGUUUACUUCACUAAGGCAAAGUGGGGUUCUUGUUCAUCAGUGGUGGUGACAUUACAGGUUUCUUUGGUUUUAGUCAUACUCUCAGUUUCUUUUGUAAUUUUGUUUUACAGAUUAAAAACUCCAAAGUAGCUUCAUGGUUGUAAGACUUGCAGCUGAUAAUGAAAUUUUCAUUACUUCAUUUUAGUCCAGAAGAAUACUCCUCUACUUUAUGUACAGUCAGUCUCUAUUGGUACACUUGAUUUGAUUUGUGUUA